AUGCUCUCGGGCAAAGAAGAUGCCCAAAGUCCAAUUGGACGGGAGAUCAGCGUUGAACCGCCAGACGAUGAUCAUGGAGAACGGGAGGACCUGGGGUCAGGCCACAUCCAAUGUUCGAUCUGUAGCAGCACGUUCCGACGACCUGAACAUUUGAAGCGACAUCUGCGCAGUCACACCAAGGAGAAACCUUUUGAGUGCGCCCAGUGCGGCCGUCACUUUUCAAGGACUGAUACUCUUCAUCGACACGAACUGAGCCAUCAUACACCAGGGAGCGAAGGCGGAAAAGAUCUCGCGCACCGGAUCACCGUCAAAACGUUCCGAGCAUGCUUUAGUUGCGCCACGGCAAGAAGGCGAUCCAAAGCGAAAGCCAUGAAAGAAUCAGACAUGCAAAAAGCCGAAACAGCCAAUAACAACAACCACAGGUCUGCGCGUCCAAAGUUGAAAUCUUCUUCUCACAUGAGCCAGUUCUCGAUCAACCCUCCCAAUGAAGGGCUAUCGUCCAAGACCGCGAUCAACGCAUUUUCUGCUCCCACAAGUGAUCAAACAAAAGAAAUACCCCAAAGCACGCAAAACACCAUCACAGCUGCCCCGAGCUCUCGUUUUUAUCUGCCAAAUGCAGCGCAAGGGUCAUCUGCUGGACAACUUCCAAUGGAUGUAUACCCAGAUGGAGAUCAAAGCCAGACAUAUGGAGAUUUAUCGAAUCCUGGCGUCCCGAAAGGAUUCCCGGUCAAUCAACCCACCAACCUAAAUCCUGAGAUGAGGCAUCUUCAACCGGAAAUGACCAGUGAAGCAGUUGACCUUGAGAUGGCCAUGGCGCAUAACCACGAGGUAUCGUUGGAGUUUGAUCCUACGUUAUUCGAUCAGUCCAUGCUUUCUACCCUCAAUUGGCUGCCUAAUGAAUUGCUUCCCGGUCCACCUGACCAGCCACAGUCCACUGGUGUUUCCUCCCACUACAAUCCAUCCCUCGGCCAGGGCGCCUACUACUCUGGGGCAGUGUGGCAGCCACCAGUUGUCAGCGCUGGACAGAUUAGCCCUUUGCGCCCAGGAAAUGUGUCUCAGUCUCCCUCUGUGCAUGUUUCCCUGGGAACAAACAUGGAAAGUCCCAAUCAAUAUUCCCAUCCUAUGAGCGAGUCCUCCCCACAUACCGAGUCAGUAGACUCUGCCAAGCGAUCAGCAGAUUACUACGUCGAUGGCGCUGGAGCCAGACUACCGAAAUAUAGAAAAAAACACACGCCUUGGUCGAACUCUUCUGUGGAGCCAAUCGAUAUUGGAAGACAGCUACUGCUAGAAGAUAGCGAGCAUCGAUUCAAUUUUCCUGCCAUCUCUGAGAUAAGAACAGAUCAAGUAUCAGAAGACGUGGCACAUCUCGCCCAACGAAUCGGAGCCUCUACCUACGACGAGAUAUAUCGACAUUUCAUUUUACUCUGCCGCAACGAAAACCCGCUCUUUGAUACCUUCGAGUCGGAUGGAUUUCCUACUGCAGAGGAGUGCAACUGGUUCAUCGCCUUCUUCUUUGAUUCUUUCCAGGCUGUUUACCCGAUACUACAUCUUUCGACUUUCGAUCCUAACACAUGCCACUGGCUUUUGACAUUGUCGAUAGUGGCAGUAGGCUGCCAUGUUUCACAUAUCCCACAGAUGGAACAAUGUACAAGUGGUUUCCAUGAGUUAAUCAGGCGCGGCAUUUAUGUCGAGAAGGAAAAGAGUCGCCAUGGUUUGGCUUCUCUCGAACUUUUGCAAGCUAUGCUUUUCAAUUGCAUUGGACUACUUCACAGUAGAUAUGAGCGAGACAAAAUCUCAGCUUUGAGCGCAUUUGGUGACUUGGUGACACUCAUGAAACGAGAUAGGCUAUUGGAGCCGAUUCCAGUAAACUUCAGCAGCGCGUCACAAGAAGUAGCUUGGAUGUCUUGGAUUCAAGAUGAAGUCAGAAGGCGCACUGGUUACUGCAUAUGGCUGGUGGAUUGUACGCUCGCCUACUAUUUUGACGAUCGACCACACUUAUCCCUAGAUGAUGGACAAGCCGCCUUGCCUGCCCGGGAGAAACUAUGGCAAGCAACAUCCGCGGAGACAUGGAAGCAGCUAUGGGAAAAUACCUCCGUGAACGAAUCCCUCUACGACGCCAUACACAUCCUCUACAUCGAAAAGCGCCUUGUAUCCGGAAUAGGAGAAUUCAGCCACAUCCUCCUAAUCCACGCCCUUUACCACAGAAUGUGGGAAGUCGGUGACUACUUCCGACGCCCGCUCUCCUUCUGGAACCCAACAGCAAAAAAGCAGUCCCGCGAAACCGCCAUCCCAACAGGCUCAGUCUGGCUCCCGGGAAUCCCCUCCUACUCCAAAUGGCGCAACAGCGCCUGCGACUGCCUCGACAUCCUCCACUGGACCGCCAACAGCACAAUAGCCAAAGCAGAGGGCCUAGAACACGCAACCGUCCUGCACCUCCACUCCGCCCGCCUCUUCCUCCUAGCCCCAUUCCGCGAAAUGCGCACCCUAGCCCUCUCCCUCGCCACCGAAAAACUCCGCUGGAGCAAACGACACCAGUCCCUCGAGUGGCAGUAUAUCUGGCGCUGGAUGAAACACGACCAAUAUAAAGCCCGCUUGUCGAUUAUCCACGCGGGCGUUACUCUCUGGCAUGUCCGCCGCUACUCUACAAAUGCAUUCCAUGAACCCCUCGCGGCGUAUAUUGCCGUCUUAACCCUGUGGGCGUAUGGUUCUUGUCAUGCACAUACAUCCCAUGAGUCGAGUCCGCAUUUGCAGGCCCCGCGUGCCGAGCCGCUUCACGAGCCUAGUUUUAUUCAUCUUGAUCGGCCGUGCGAUGAUGAACUUGUGCAGCUGUUUGUGAGGGAGGGCCAUGCUAUGAGGGGGAAUGUUACUGGUGUUGGGGAUAUCUGUGGGGUUGGGGGCCCUGAGCGGGUUCUGCGCGUUGGAUGUGAGAUUCUUUCUGGGUUGACGGCUUGGAGUGUUUCGAAGAAGUUUGUGGCUAUUUUGACGAGGCUUGCUGAUUUGGGUCAUUAUCAUUCUUCUUGGGAGCAGAGUCGUCGUCAUGAGUCUGAGCAUGUUUGA